AUGUUUGAUGGGAAGCGUCCACUCGAAAAACAGAAUGUCGAUUCUAUUGCUGUUGUGGAUACAUCACAAAGAGCUCAACUAUUGGCCGAAUCUACAAGGCAACGCCAACUGGAGCUCAUCAAUCUUCGUUCAGGGAAGCUCAACUUCGACGGACUCGACCCCGAACUCGGUAUGGUCCUUUUAUCGGUAUUUUGGAAUCGCCAGCAUGCUACUGGGUCGAUCGUAUAUCGGCCAUGUUUUAUGAGGGACAUGGCAAGUAAAGGCCCCCACUUCUCCCCGCUACUUUUGAAUACCAUCUUCUUCGUUGCCUCGAAACACGUUGCUUCGAAAGACGAGCCAAGACUGGAAGGAUCGUGUAAUAGCAUCGACAAUUGCAACUCGGGCCUACUAUUUCGACGAAAGGUUGACAAUAUCCUCCACUAUCCCGAGACCCAGGUCCUAUGCAAGAGUAGCAUCACGACUGUUCAAGCUCUACUUAUUAUGUCAGACGCGCUCUUUUCUUGGUGUGAUGAAAGAAGUCUCUCGUGGCAUUACCUAGGCAUUGCUAUUAACAUGAUCAUCGACCUCGGGAUUCAUUCCGAGAAAUCCACACUUAUGCUUGCCAAAUCUCAUUCGCCGGAGGAGAUGGAGACACAUCGGCGACUAUUUUGGGCUGCAUUUGUUCUGGACAAGGUACAAGCCAUCUACCAAGGGCGUCCAGCUCGUUUACGAGACAUGGACAAUAGUGUACCCAUGGUAUUCCUAGACGACUACGAAGAACUUGAACCUUUCGACAAAUUGGGCUACUCAGCAACCCCUGGCGAUGCAGGCCUGCCUACUCAUAGCGUUUCAACCUUUGAGCACCUCUGCAAGCUUAGUGUCAUUGCAGAUCGCAUACUAUACAGCCUAUACGCGGAGAAAAGUUCACAAAUAGAUGCCGAGGAACUCUUUCGAACAUCGCAGAUCUUACACCGUGAGCUUACAACAUGGCAUGAAUCUUUGCCAGUACAUCUCUCAAUCCAUUUCGAUACUUCUGGUCGUCCUAAUACCUCAAGCGGAUGCGUAGUUCUUCCUCAUACCCUAUCCCUAAUGCAAGCUAACCUCCAUUACCCCGCAAAUUACAAUUGCAUCGUUAACGCUACUCACAGAUCAAUGUUCCACGCCCUCCUCAUCCUCCUCCACCGCCCCUUCGUCUCAGAAGGUCACCUCAAAUCAACCCCUACGUCCGCCACCAGCGCUGCCUUCUCCAUCUGUGAAACCGCAGCUUCAGACAUCGACGUACUACUAAAAUGGUACAAAUCACAAUGGUGCAUCAAAUCGCCUCCAUACUUUAUAUCCUACUCCACAUACGUAAGCGCAACGAUCCACGUUCGUACCGCGGCACAAAAACCUCCGGGCUCGAAAGCACAUCUGCGCCUGAGGAAUUGUCUCGAGAUACUUUCUGAGCAUCAGGUUGUGUGUCAUGCGCCGCGCCGAGCUAUGAGUAUUCUACUUGGCUUGGUCCGUCGGCUUAAAGUCGAUGUUGGGGGUGCGUUUACUGCUUCCGUUUCUCGAACCGCGGAAUGCGAGGAGACUUCGGCUUCUUGCGACAAUACAAGAUCGUCUUUCCUCGAGAGUCCUUCGAGUUAUAAUCUCUCGAGGAAACCACAUGCACCUGAGACAGUAGGCGCCAUGGACACCUCCAACUUAACAGCCCAGCACCCGAUCCAACCUCCAAACCCAACGACCGAAUCAGACGACAUACCAUCAGCGGCAAUCAACAACCACUGCUUCAGUCCUCUCAAUCCCUCAUCACACCCAGUCAAUUACAGCUUCGACGAAACACAUCCCGAUAUGUCUUUCGCGUUGGAUCCACUUUUCGGAUUCAACGAUUUCGAUUUCGACAUGGAUAUGAUCUUAGAACCAGGAUUUUGA